AUGCCGCUGGUGGAAUUGCAGGACGGUCCAUGGGAGUGGUGGGAUAUCAAAGACGCAGCUGAUAUCUUAUGGCGGUCUACCCUUGAUCCGGACAUUCACAACAUCGCCUCUGCUCUCCAAUCGCACUACCAGAAUCCGCAACUGGAAGUGACAGAGCUCAUUACUGGAAUAAAUGCCAGCCGUAGAGGGAUUGUGGUAUGCAAUGGCGAGAAAAUUACGAUUGCUUUUCUUGGUUGUGAUUCCAAUGAGUUGCACAUGAACAUGUGGGUCUUCGCGAAAGGUCCUUCAUGGUGGGACAUACCAUAUCCGGUGUAUGAGAACGGGCAUCAAGUACACAGCUUCUUUCGGGACAUGUGGCAUGCGAUGCGGAUAGCAGCAUAUGAUGCGAUCAACAUGGCAGUGGAGUCAAUGGCGGCACGCGGUUCAUCACCGAAGCAGAUUAUAAUCACUGGGUUUUCAAUGGGUGGCGGAAUCAGCAUUCUUGCCUUCUCCGAAAUUCUCGAAAGGAUCAGAAACAGGUGGGGUUCAGGGUCAGAUUCUCCCCAGCCAUGGGCAAAAGAUGAGAAUCUUGGGUCGCUUGUUCAGCACCUUACUUUUGCCGCUGUGUCUGCUGGGGACUUUGGCUAUUAUUCAGCUCUGAAUCGCUUGUACGAAAAACAUCAUAUCCGUGCAUGGGACUUUUUCAAUCAUCGCGAUAUUACGGUUCAUAUUCAUCACAUUCAAUUUCGGACUUGGAGAGGACAUCGAUAUACAUUGCCCGAAGCUGUUGUUAGACCUUUCUCCAAUGAAUUCGGUGGACAAGGUCAUAAUAUCCUGGGAUAUUUGAAGGCUGCAGAGUGGAUGUGCGAACACGGGACUGAUCAAGUGAAAUCGGAAUACAGAUACUGA